AUGAGAUGCAAACAUGAAAGACAAGAGGAAGAAGAAGGACCGCACCUGGGCCGAGGCUGCCCGCCUGGUACGUACCGCCCCCCGCCCGCCGCCCCGCGCCGGCCCGCGCCGGCGGAGACGGCCGCUUCCAGCCCAAGCCGCCGCCAGCUCGCCGGGCUCCCGCUCUUUGUUAUUCUGCGGGAGUGGGCUCGCCCGGGGGCCCCACCCGGCGCCCGCCGCGCCCGGGACCGCCCGGGACACUUCUCCCGGUACUUCGCUCUCGGGGUUCGGCCGUGCCUCCUCCGCCGGGGAAUUUCCGAGCGCUCGGCCGCGCUCCGCUUCGCUCUGCCGCUCCGGAGACCUUUGUGUGGCAAUUACCACUCCCUCCCGGCCCCUCCACCCCCCGGAAUUCCAUCGAUAACUCUCCGUGCACGGUCUGUGUGGGUUUCGACGUUUGCACUAGAGAAACACCCCAACUCACCAAUGACAGCAAAGCAGAUAUUGGAAGUCAUUCAGAAAGAAGGGUUAAAAGAAACAAGUGGAACUUCUCCAUUAGCCUGUCUGAAUGCAAUGCUUCACACUAACACGCGAAUCGGGGAUGGAACAUUCUUCAAAAUCCCUGGGAAGUCAGGCCUCUAUGCUCUCAAAAAAGAGGAGUCAUCAUGCUCAGCUGAUGGAACUUUGGAUUUAGGCUGUGAGUCUGAAUUGGAUGGCUCAGAGAUGGCGGAGGCCAAUGCCAAUGGGGAAGGAAAUGGAGUGUGUGCGAAGCAGGUAACCGAUGAGGCGUCUUCCACCCGAGAUUCAAGCCUUCCUAACACAGCAGUGCAGAGCAAGUUAGUGUCUUCCUUCCAGCAACACACCAAAAAGGCUCUCAAACAGGCUUUGAGGCAGCAGCAGAAGAGAAGAAAUGGAGUCUCAAUGAUGGUAAACAAGACUGUCCCUCGUGUGGUUCUGACACCAUUAAAGGUGUCUGAUGAGCAGUCGGAUUCGCCUUCAGGAUCUGAAUCUAAAAAUGGUGAAGCAGACAGUUCAGAUAAAGAAAUGAAACAUGGGCAAAAAUCUCCCACUGGAAAACAAACAAGUCAGCACUUAAAGCGAUUAAAAAAGUCUGGUUUAGGACACUUGAAGUGGACCAAAGCUGAGGACAUUGACAUAGAAACCCCGGGAUCUAUUCUUGUCAACACUAACUUGAGGGCACUAAUAAAUAAGCAUACAUUUGCUUCCUUGCCUCAGCAUUUUCAACAGUACCUCCUGCUUUUGCUCCCAGAAGUGGAUAGGCAGAUGGGAAGUGAUGGAAUUUUACGCCUCAGUACUUCAGCUCUAAAUAAUGAAUUCUUUGCAUAUGCAGCACAAGGCUGGAAACAGCGACUGGCGGAAGGAGAGUUUACUCCAGAAAUGCAAUUGCGGAUAAGGCAAGAAAUUGAGAAGGAAAAGAAAACAGAACCUUGGAAAGAAAAAUUCUUUGAAAGGUUUUAUGGAGAAAAGUUGGGCAUGUCAAGAGAGGACUCUGUAAAGCUCACAUCUGGACCAAACAUUGAUGGAGCUGAAAGUAGUUCUUCAUGUGGGACCCCUGGCCUUCCCAGUAUUUCUGCACAGACUCCUUUGAAAGAACAACAGCCAAAAAGCAUGAAAAGCCCAAUUUCUCCAGAGCCCGAAUUCUGUGCUACUCUUUGUCCUGUGGUAGAUGUAGGUAAAGAUGUAAUGACAGAGUCAGAAUCAGAGGACAUCUUGAUCCCUGAAGAAUCCGUGAUUCAGGAGGAAAUUGCAGAAGAGGUCGAGACCAGCAUCUGUGAGUGCCAGGAUGAGAAUCACAAGACAAUACCUGAAUUUUCUGAAGAGUCGGAAAGUCCAGUCACCUCUCAUGAAGAGCCACAAUUAGCACCUCCUGAAGAUCAUGUGGAAUCUUGUGUUAUGAUGAAUGAUGUUUUGGAAACUUUGCCUCCUAUCGAAGUUAACGUGGAAGAGAAAUCAGAAUCUUCCCAGGAAGAGAUGUCGGUUGUCAUUGAUCAGCUGGAAGUCUGUGACUCCCUUGUUCCUUCCACUUUAUCCGUGACUCAUGUUAGUGACACAGAACAUAAGGAGCCAGAAACUGCACUAGAGACCAACACUCCAAAAAUUAAAACGGGGUCAUCGUCCCUAGAAGGCCGAUUUCCAAGUGAAGGAAUUGCCGUGGAUAUGGAGUUGCAGAGCGAGCCUGAUGAGCAGCUUUCUGAAAAUGCCUGUGUCUCUGAAACAUCCUUCUCUUCUGAGAGCCCAGAGGGAGCCUGUACCAGUCUGACAUCCCCAGCAGGGGAAAACCAAUCCACUUCAGAAGAGUCGUGUACUCCAACCUCCCUUGAGACAACGUUUUGCUCUGAGGUGUCUAGCACUGAAAAUGUGGACAAAUACAAUCAGAGAAAUGCCACUGAUGAAAACCUUCAUGCAUCUUUGCUGUCAGAAAUCUCUCCAAUAUCCACCUCACCUGAGACAUCAGAAGCAUCUUUGAUGUCCAAUUUACCUUUGACAUCGGAAGCAUCCCCAGUAUCAAAUUUACCUUUAACAUCAGAAACUUCACCCAUGUCUGAUUUACCUUUGACAUCAGAAACUUCUUCAGUGUCUUCCAUGCUUCUCACACCUGAGACCACUUUUAUAUCCAGUUUGCCACUUCCUUCAGAAACAUCUCCAGUUUCCAGUUCUUCCAUGAAUGAAAGAAUGGUGCAUCAACAAAGGAAGUCCACUUCCGUAUCCGAAGAACCACCCUCCCCGCAGAAAGAUGAAGGUUCUGCUCCUGCCAAGCCCUUGGGGGAGGGUGUUACCUCUCAACAGAAGAUUCUAUCAAAUGCUCCUGAACCCAUCAAAAUGGCUUCUUCUUCAAUUGCUCCUGAAGCGUAUUCAUCAGAAGAAUUACACAGUAACACCCUGAAUCAGCAGCCUUGUAAAUCACACGUUGAAACUGAGAAAUCUUAUCCUACUUCAAUUCCAGAACUUCCUUCUACAGAAAUGAUCAAAGUGAAAAAUCAUAAUGUCCUGCAAAGAGCAGAAAAGAAAGGGAUGUCUUCAUCAUUGGACUUACCCAUCUUUUCUGAAGAGACAGAGAGUAAGGGAAAUGAGGUCCUAUCAGCUAAACUACAGGACAAACAAUACGUCUCGUCAGUAGAUAAGGCUUCAUUUUCAGAAGGCUCUAGAAAUAAAAUGCAUAAGCAGGGGAGCUCACAGAAUCGGCUGGAGAACUCACAUUCUUCCAAGUUGUCAGAGCCCUCCAAGUCCCCAGAUGGGGUAAGAAAUGAAAGCAGAGAAUCUGAAAUAUCAAAGAGGAAAACUGCAGAGCAUCACGGUUUCGGGAUUUGUAAGGAGAAGAGGGCUAGGAUAGACGAUGACCAGUCAUCUGCUGGACGGAACAUCUCGUCCAGCAGCCCACCUGAGAAAGAGCCACCCCCAAGAGAGGAGCCAAGGGUCCCACCUCUCAAGAUCCAGCUUUCCAAAAUCGGGCCACCCUUUAUCAUCAAGAGCCAACCCGUCUCCAAACCAGAGGCUCGUGCGUCUUCCAGCACCUCGGUCAGUAGCGGGAGGAACACGGGAGCCCGGACCCUGGCAGACAUCAAGGCCCGAGCGCAGCAAGCCAGGGCCCAGCGCGAGGCGGCGGCAGCCGCAGCUGUGGCAGCUGCGGCCAGCAUCGUCUCAGGUGCCAUGGGGAGCCCCGGAGAGGGCGGGAAGGCCCGGACCCUGGCGCACAUCAAAGAGCAGACGAAGGCCAAACUCUUUGCUAAGCAUCAAGCACGAGCCCACCUCUUCCAGAACCCGAAAGAGCCCCGGGGGCCUCCCCUGCUCGGCCCAAAGGAAGGGCCUCCAAGCUUAGACGUCGUCUCUCCUGCCCCUGAAACAAAAAUUGAAGGCUCGCCUGGCGUCAUCAUUGUCAACCCGAACUGCCGAUCUCCCAGCAACAAGGCUGCGCACCUCCGGGACACCGUCACGGUUCUACAGCAGCCUCUCAACCCGACGAAACUUCCAGAAACCGCCACAGACUUAUCUGUGCAUAGUUCUGACGAAAACACACCUGUGUCACACUUACCUGAGAAAAUGGUUUCAUCUACCUCUUCUGAAAAUAGCAGUGUGCCCAUGCUUUUUAAUAAAAACCCCGUCCCCGCGUCUGUCUGCAGCACCGCUCUGUCGGGAGCCAUUAAAGAGCAUCCCUUUGUGAGUCCUGUUGAUAAAUCCUCCAUCCUAAUGUCUGUUGACAGUGCAAACGCUACAAUUUCUGCUUGUAACAUAAGCAUGUUAAAAACCAUCCAGGGAACGGACACCCCAUGCAUAGCCAUUAUACCAAAAUGUAUGGAGAGCACACCUCUCCCCGCCCCCUCAGAGGGCUCAGGCUCGGCCAGCCCCGGCAAUGACCAGCUGGCACUGGUACCCAGCAGCAGUGCUGGCAGCCUCAGCUCUGCUCAGUACACCUCCGUGCCAGCUCCCUCGAUUGGAAGCAACUUGCCCAACCAUCUCCCCACUAGCUCUGUUUUGAUGCCCCCAACGGGAAUGAACAACAGAUACCCUUCUGAGAAGAUAGCCAUGCCUAGGAGCGAAGAACCGGCCGCCGUGCCCAUGGGCAGCACUGUGAGAGCCUCCCUCGGCUGUAGGGACCCUGUUUCAGUCACCGACACCCUGGUGGCACGCCCACCCGUGGCAGUGUUUUCUGGAAGCAUGCUGACCAUCAGCUCUUAUGAUAGCCCUCCCAAGUUAAGUGCUGAAAGCCUGGAAAAGACUUCAGGGACUCGGAACAGGGGAGACCCUUCUGGGAAACCUCAGUCAACCCCGGGUGGCUUCACACCAGCAGCCAUAAACCGAUCGAUCCCGUGUAAGGUCAUCGUGGACCACAGCACCACGCUGACCUCCACCCUGUCUCUGACGGUUUCCCUAGAGAGCGCAGAAGCUGGCUUGGAGCUCCAGACCCGGCCCGGGAGGACGGAGGCAACCGGGGCACCCGUGGCCUUCCCGCAGGUGUCUGUCAUCAGCAGGCCUGAGCCAGUGGCCCUUGAAGGCGGAGAUCACGGUUCCAGUUUCAUCGCGGCUUCCGCGGCCGAGCAAGACAGUCAGACGAUGAAGGCCACUUGUCCGGGUCUUCGUGAAGGACUCCUGGUUGUUCCCGAUAAAUUAAAAGAGGGAAAUCCCCCAAGUCACAGCUUUGCCGAGCAGGCGCAUGGCUCAGCCGCGUUCAAGAGUGAAGCUGACACCACCUGUAGCCAUCCAUACAACCCAGGCAGUCGGAUCUGCUGGAGUGAGGACGGGAUGCGGAGCACGGGCCAGCCUCCGCCCAGCCAUCUGGCUUCCAGCAAACAGAAGGACUAUCUGGAGCAGAGCUGUCCCAAGUCCAUCAAGACCGAGCAUGCCAGCUACUCGCACGUGGCGGAACUUCAGCCCCGGAAUCUCAUCACAAGCGUCACGCUCCCCGUGAAGUCCGAAUCUCACGACGUGGACAAGGGCUUCAGGAUGGACACCGAAGACUUCCCCAGCUCCGAGCUGCCUGCUCCGGCCGCCGAGGCAGCCCCGAGUGCGCAGCCGCCGCAGACCGUGAAGGCCCCCGCCUCCGGGCCCCUGGAGGAGGCCGUCUCUUUGGCCACAGACAACCUGAAGCGGGUGCCCAGCGCUGGGAGCUCCAGCUGCCGCCUGUCGUCGGUGGAGGCCAACAACCCCCUGGUCACACAGUUACUCCAGGGCAACCUGCCUCUGGAGAAAGUGUUGCCGCAGCCCAGAUUGGGAGCCAAGCUGGAGAUCAACAGGCUCCCCCUGCCUCUUCCGACUACCUCAGCGGGUAAAGCAGCCCCAGAGAGGAACGUGGUUGAAAUGCCCCUCAGCUCGCCCAAUCCAGAUGGGAAGGGCUACUUGGCCGGAGCCCUGGCACCGCUCCAAAUGAGGAAGCGAGAGAACCACCCCAAGAAGAGGGUGGCUAGGACCGUGGGGGAGCACACGCAAGUGAAAUGUGAGCCGGGGAAACUGCUGGCGGACCCCGACGUGAAAGGGGUGCCCUGUGUCCUCGGCUCCGGCCUGAGUCCGCUGGCACACAGCCAACCUCUGAAGCAGGAAUGGCUGAACAAGCACCCUGCGCAGAGCAGGAUUGCUCACAGCCCUGAGGUCAAACAGCAGAAGCGGCUGCUCCCCUCGUGUAGCUUCCAGCAGACCCUGUUUCAUGUCGACAAGAAUGGGGGCUUCCAUCCCGACCCCGGGACCUCGCACAGACAGCAGUUUUACCAAAUGCCUCUGACACCCAGGGGCCCCCUUCCUCCAGCAGCUCUGUUACCGGCCUCUGCCAAGACCUCAGCAGGCUGUAAUGCGUUCGCCUUCAACAGGCACCUUGAACAGAAGGGACUGGGGGAGGUUGGCCUUUCCUCGGCGCCUCACCAGCUGAGGUUAGCCAACAUGGCACCCCCCAACGUGCCCAUUAAAGAAGGUGAUGACGUCGGGGGGACCCCGCACGGAAUGCCGCACAAGGCCCUGGUGCAUCUCCCGCCGCCUCCACCCCCGCCCCCUCCCCCCUUGGCUCUGCCCCCGCCGCCCCCCCCACCGCCACCUCCGCUACCUCCACCUCAUCCUAACCCAGAAGUCCCACCCGAGCAAAAACAACCGCCGGUUACCAUGGAAACCACUAAGAGACUCAGUUGGCCACAGUCCACGGGCAUAUGUAGCAAUAUAAAAUCGGAACCUCUUUCUUUUGAGGAAGGUUUGAACAGCAGCUGCGAACUGGGCAUGAAACAAGUUUCCUACGACCAGAAUGAGAUGAAAGAACAGUUGAAGGCCUUUGCGCUGAAAAAUGCCGAUUUCUCUUCCUAUUUGCUUUCCGAGCCGCAAAAGCCUUUUACCCAAUUAGCUGCUCAGAAAAUGCAGGUGCAGCAACAACAGCAGCUCUGUGGAAACUAUCCAACCAUCCACUUCGGGAGCACAAGCUUCAGAAGGGCCACGUCUGCCAUUGAAAAGUCCAUUGGGGUUUUGGGAAGUGGCUCCAGUCCCACCACGGGCCUGCCCGCUCAAAACGCCCAGAUGCCUGUUCAGAACUUUGCCGACAGCAGCAACGCGGACGAAUUGGAACUGAAAUGCUCUUGCCGGCUGAAAGCCAUGAUUGUGUGCAAAGGCUGCGGGGCCUUCUGCCACGACGACUGCAUAGGGCCUUCUAAACUCUGUGUCGCUUGCCUGGUUGUGCGAUAA